AUGGGGUUCCACGCAAUGAAGUAUGGAGAUCCUACAGCGAAGGGGAGGUUCAGUGAUGCAAGUCAAGAAGACUCUGAUACGGACUGCCAUCCAGGCUGGUACCCACUAUUGAAGCCACAUUUGUUGGAGAGGCCUGUCAGCCAACAGUCGUCCUGCGUGUCAUGGCAGUCCACGGAGAGAGGGGUGAUGAAUCGAAGCGGUAACGAUACAACACUGACAGAAACGAAGCAUACAGGCGUAUCUUCCAAUGUGCAAACAAGCGGAUCCAAGCCUCGAACGGAAGAGCUGGAAGUAUGUGGACCGAGUGAUGCCAAGUCUAUUCCGAGUGUCAAUAUGCCAAGUCCAGCGCCGGUGGCUAUAAACAUUCCCGUAUUCGACCCUAAAGCCUAUGGGGACCCAACCAGAAGAGUCUCAAGUCAGCGAGCGAAUGAAACAAGAAAAAGCGAACAAGAGCUGAGAUCUCCCUCUCAACGCAACCCAGACGCAGCAGUACCAUCAGAGAUCACGGCAAAUUCAAGGUUGAACCACUUCAACGCCGAAGCAAAUCCUCUAGGUUCUCAAAAUUCGGCACCUCUUGUCACUACUUCAUUACCCUCGUUUCAGGCCCCGAAUGAACACUCCACCAAAGUUCACCCAACUGAGGAGUGGACGUCAGACGACAAAGUGAAUGAGCACCAAAGCCGCAGUGAGUCGACAAUCAGUCAGAUGAAUUCUGCAAAGAAAUCCGGGUCGUUGCCUCGCCCUGAGACCUUCGAGACUCUCAAGCAAGGUAGCGAGACCCCCGAGCAGCUUAUCGCUCGCCUCCAAGCAGAACGAUCUCGCGAAGCGUUUCAGCGUCUCAAGCGGAAAGACCAUGGUGAGAGCAUCACUACAACGGCUCUCACUACCCUAGACCUCCUUCGGAAACCCCUCCCACCCGAUUCAGAUGGACUUCGGCAGAGAGACGCCGUCUUCCCAGCGAGCUCCCUUCCUGAUUACAAUCCAAAUCGCUCAAAGGACCAAUGUAUCCCCAACGGAGGUUGCUUGUCAAGCAUCAACCCUACGGAGUCAAAGCAAGAGGGAAAGGCGAAGAGAUGGUCGGACACGAACGAAAUGAAUCCCGUACAGUGGAGCAAUGCUGGAGACUGCGAAGAACCGGAAAGCGAUAACGACUCGACAAGACCCAUGGCCCGUGGCUUUGGCCGACUCAUUCGUAGCCGCAGCCCUCGAGGGCCCGAGGACGGAAUUGCAGGAUGGGAUGGCAACUUUAAGCCACCUCCCCUCGAUUGGGAGCACCGUCCUUCUUUCUACAACAAUACCCCGGAGUACAUCAACGGUUUCAGCAGCUGGCUCCAAGAAGCUUCAAUGAAGACCAUGUCGCAGGGCCCGGAGGUCGAGUUCUCAGCCAUGCCCAUAGAAGAGGUCCAAAAUAUUGACAACCACGCUGAUGGCAUUGGCUUUACGUCGAAGGAAACGAUGAUUGACAUAAACAACGCAGCCCGCUACGGCUUCAAAAUUGCCGAUCUGGCAACGUGGAAUGCAAAGCAACCCCCGGACUUUGACAGCGACGCGAAGCUCGACCUCUCCAAUCUCGAAAACGCUCAGUAUAAGGACGAGACAGCUCAGGCGUUCAUCGAUAAACGCAUGGAAUACUUGCAACGUGCGAUAAGAGAAGCAAAAGUGAAUGUGGAGCCGCGAGUUCCAGUCGAACCUGAGGACGGUAGAGUUGGUGAAGAAGAAAUCCCGCAAGAAGAAGAAGAGCCCCCUACUCCGAUAACGACCAGGAACAUCUAUCUUCGCCCCGCUGUUACUUCGGACGUCCCAGGUAUGAAAGCAAUUCUCAACUGGCACAUUACCCAUGGCAUCCGUCCCUCGGAACUGGCUGAGAUUAGCGACGACGACAUGCACCAGCGAUUCGACCUCUCAACGCAAGCUCGUUUACCAUUCAUUGUCGCCGUGGAACGCAGCCGUAAGAACACCCGCUCCAAAUCUCGGAAGGGCCCGAGGGUCAAUCCCAAUCAUCCCAUCCAAAACAUCGAUCCUGAAUACAAUGGCGUGGUAAAAGACGAAUCCAUCGUCGGCUGGGCUUCCGCCACAGACUGGGCCGCGUGUGAUUACGUUGAAACCAUCACAGCGGAACUGGAGUUGUAUGUGGCAGCCUCUCAUCGCCAAUCAGGCGUAGGACGAUGCUUGAUGGACGCUCUCCUAGAUGCUACGGACCGCGGUUAUUUCAAGAAAGGCGGCUAUGACUUUCGAGUUGCGCCGGAGAUGAGGCAUUUGUACAGUGGUGGCGGUGGACGUGAUCUGCACAAGUUGGUCUUUCAAGUGCGCAGCUUCAACAAACCCAUGUCCCCGCAGCGGCUUGACCGACUUCGGGGAGCAGCUCAGAUACAAGCUGAUCCUCCUGUCACUCAGUAUGGCUGGGUCAGUCGCAAUGGAAAGGCGUCAGAAAAGAAUUCAUCCUCUGCGAAUGGUCAUCAACCACGAAAGCGAAAGGAUUACUCCAAAGCCGCAAGACUCGAUGACCGCGAAGAUGACUACGAAAUGUGGCUGAAAGACUGGCUCGAGAAACAAGGCUUCGAAGAGGAAGCGCAUCUGAAGAAACUAGGGACAAAGAAAGGGAGGUUCGUGGAUGUGAGAUACUUGACCCGUGAGACUCACUGGCAGCCCGUGGAUCAUCGAAUUCCGGACUUCUCGCAUGGUCUCUAA